AUGGAGUGCUCAAUUUGCUGCACAAUGCCACUCAUUCUGCGGCCGCCGAGGAACACCAUCUGCGCCGGCUGCUACGAGGCGGCUCGAACCGCCAUCUCCCUCGUCAACAAGUUCGAAUCCUCCUGCGAUAGAGGAUCAUCGUUAUCGUCGCCGCCGUCGUCAUCGUCGGAAAUGCAGGCUCAACCACUAGCAAACCUCCCAAAAUGGAUUAACAGCCUGAACGAGACACACAACGAGUUGACCCACAAAAUCGAUUUCCUUGGCAACAUCGUCCAACUGUUCCGAUCACAACUCCUCGCCGACAUCCACCUCAAACCCGGCAACGGCGGCGCUCCAAUCCCCGCCCACAGAGCCCUACUCGCAGCGAGAUCGGAGAUAUUCAAGACGAUGCUGGACCCGGACGCCUGCAAGUCCCCCGCCAACGACACGAUCACGCUGCCGGAGCUAAACCACGAGGAGCUGGAAUCCCUGCUGGAGUUUCUGUACAGCGGGGACCUGGCUCCGGAGAAGCUGGAGCGCCACGUGUACGCCCUGACCCUGGCGGCGGACAAGUACGAGGUGCCGUACCUGCUGGGGCUGUGCGAGCGCCACAUGGUCCGGUCGCUGGACGCGUCGAACGCGCUGGAAGUGCUGGAGAUCUCGGACUCGGUCUGUUGCAGUAGCAGUGGUGGUGAUUUGAAGGAGACGGCGGUGAAGUACGUGGUGAAGAACAUGGAGGAGUUGGCCUUUUCGGGUAAGUAUGAGGCGUUCGUGGCCAGCAACCCGCAUUUGGCGGUACAGGUCACGAGGGCGUUUCUGGUGGACGCCAAGCUGGCGCGAUGAUCAGUUAUUUCAGCAUGCUGCUGGCUGCUGGCUGCACAAGAAACAAUAAUAAUGCUCUGUUUUGGUUUUGUUUUGUACUGCGGUGGAGUGAUGGGACUGGUACGUGUUCAUUCAUUCAUCGAUCGUUCAUGUGUGGAAUCUU